UAUCGUUUGCCCGCCAUGCUCUUCCAGUCCCUCUUCGCGGCGACCCUUCUCACUUCUGCAUUCGGUCAAGACUAUUCUGCCGCUCAUAAUACCACGCCAAUAGUCGGGACUUGGUCAUCAGGAACGCAACGCGUAGUCCCGGGCCCAGGCUUCGCGAAUCCCGCCCAAGAAACUUUUACUUAUCCCCCUACCGCGGGAGUUGGCUUUUCCUUCUCUGACGAUGGCUGGUAUGAACUUGCACGGUACCGCUACGUCGCCAACGGCUCGCAUCCUGAAUGCAUCGUCGGCACUCUCGUCUGGGCUCACGGCAACUACAAUCUCCUCGACAAUGGCUCCAUCAUCCUCAAUCCCAUAGGCGACGGCUACCAACAGGUGCAAUCGCCAUGCAACAAGGACAACUCCAACUUCCUUCAAAACUAUAACCUCACGGAGCUCUUCGUUUCGUGGCGCAUUUACACGGACCGUACAUUUGGGCCAAAGCUGCAUCUGUACCAGUGGGAUGGCUCGCCUGUGGCGCCGCUUUUCCGACUGUCAGAAACGCCGAAUAUGUUGCCCAAGCAGAAACUGAGGAAUAAUGAGGCCCAUACGGUCACUUCGACGAGCGACGGGUUGAUCACGGUCCAAACAGUUGUGUCCCGAGCAUCACAGAACAAGAAGCGACAUUCGGAGGCGACAGCGAGAGGGUGGCAGUUCUGGAGGUGGUAG